AUGUUCCAUUUGACAAGAAGAAUUACUCCAUUGGUGGCUUCCACCAAGAAGGUUUUGAUUGGAAAGCAAUUGCGUGUGAAUUCUCAGCUGUAUCUUUCAAAUUUGAGAACCUUCUCCACUAAGAAUGACAAGGACAAGGACAAUUUAGCUAAAAAGGAGGAAAAAGAGGAAAAAGAUGAAUCUGAGGCUCCUAGUGUCAGAGGUGGCCUCCUAGGAACGAAGAAGAGAUUCGCCUCAAGAUUUUUCAAUACUAACUCUGAAGCUCAGGGUGAAGAUGCAGCUGAGAUCGGAAAUCAAACUUUGGAGAGUUCUGAAGGAGUUGAGAUGUUUGAAAACAAGCCUGUACAGGAGAUGUAUACUAUUAAGUUCAAUAGCCCUAUCCUACCUUACUCUAAGUUCCCUUUGACACAGAACAAAUACAUCCAGCAGUUCUUUAAGAGGUAUUCAAGAGAUAAGAGCUCUGUGGAGAAACUUAUUGGUGUCCACUUUUUGGCUAAUAAGAACUCUAACGCAAAAGAAGCCAUAGGAAUUGAAAUCGAGCUUGAUAGAGGAAGCAGUAACAUGAACGUUGUUGAGUCCAAAUCAUUCAAAAGAUUCAAGGUCAUCAGCUACGAUGACCAAACCAACUUUGUGAAGGCAGUUGAGUACGGAGACAGGCUCUAUAGAGUCAGAAAUAGCGAAGGAGAAAAAGUAGAUAUGACUUUGGAAGAGAUAUUUGAAUCUGAAAAUUGUCCUGACAAACCUCAUUUUGAGGACCUUAUUAACUCAGAAAUCUCUGAUUUGAAGAAUACAUGGUUCCAGUUUAAUAAGAGAAUGAAUUCUGCCUUGAUGAUGCUCCCAUCUGAGAUGAUUAACACGUAUGAUAUGGUUGUGAAAACAUUGCCAGUGCCAAAUUUUGAAAUCCAUAGAUACAGAAGUGAGAUUUCUCUGUAUGAAUUGUUCAACCAAAUCACUUGCAAGAUGGCCCAUUACUACUUUUCGAUGUUCCAAGCUUUGUUCUCAAAGGAUCAGAAAGACAUGAAGAAGCAGAUGAAGGACUUCCUAGUCGAGAUUGAUCCAGUAAUGAGAUCCAAGAAGGUCACCUAUCUUUUUGAUGAAUUCACCCACUUGCUUGACCAGAAGUGUUACUAUAUCCAAAAGACUGCAGAGGAGUUCAAGGAGAGGUCUAAACAAGCCAUGCUUGAAAGUGCUUUUCAGAAGGUCCUUGAAAACAACAAAACUAAUGAAAAGGACAGUUUCCAGAAGAUGCUCGAUGAGGUUGAAGAGAUGCCAGAUAGAAUUAGGAAGAUUAUCCAAGAAGAAAUCAAUGGACUCGAGUCAAAGUCUAGUGAUAUGGACUCCGCCAGGAAGGCUACCUUCCUUCAACACGUCUUCAGACUUCCUUGGGACAAGAGAAUUGACGCUUACUGGGAUGUCCAGUUCUCAAGACAAGUCCUUGAGGAAAGUCACUACGGGAUGGUUGAAACAAAAGAACGAAUUCUAGAAUUUAUUGCCAAGAAUAAAAGGAUCAAUUCCAAGAAAGGAAUGGUACUCUUACUGACAGGACCUCCUGGUGUAGGAAAGACAUCUAUUGCCAACAGUAUUGGAGAUUGCUUGAAGAGACCAACAGCUGUGAUCUCAAUGUCUGGACAAAGCGAUCCUUCCCAUAUUAAAGGAAGCAAAAGAACUUAUGUUGACUCCCAGCCAGGAAUCUUCAUUAAAGAACUCCAAAGAUUAGAAGUGAGAAACCCAGUGUUGAUCAUUGAUGAGAUUGACAAAAUUGGUUUCAACAGCAUCAGAGGAGAUCCUUCUUCUACCUUGCUAGAAUUACUAAACCCAGAGCAGGCAAACACAUUCAGCGACAAUUAUCUUGACUUUGAGUUUGAUUUUUCAGAGUGUAUCUUCAUCUGUACCUCUAACUCAACUCAGAACAUGUUGCAGCCCCUAUUAGACAGAAUUGAGGUGAUAGAGGUACCUCCAUAUCUGCCCACAGAGAAGUUGUCAAUUGCCAAGAAGUACUUAAUUCCUAAUUUCAGGAAGGAAUAUGGCUUUGUUGAGGAAAAGGAAGAAAUUUCAUUCACAAAUGCAGCUAUCGCCAAGGUCAUCAAAGAUUACUGCGGCUUUGAAGCAGGAGUCAGAAACCUCAGAAAGUGAAUUGACAGAGUCUUCAGAAAAGUCGUUGCUAAGAUAGAUGAAAGAGAUAGCAAAUUAGAGACUGAAAAGAAACUACUUGAAGCAACUGAGACUGAAGCCACUGUAGAAGAUGGACUUGAAGAAGAUGGUGCUGCUGAUAUCGACCCUACUGCUAUUAUUGAUAAGGAGCUCACAACUGCUCAAUACCAGAUCCAUUCUGAAAAUUUAGAGAAAUUUUUAGAUGUCUCUAGGAAUGAUGACUACUAUUAUAGAGAUAUUAAUAAGACCCUCCCAGUUGGAUGCGCAAAUGGGCUUGCCUAUAUUGACUCUGGAUAUGGAUCAGUUCUUAAAAUUCAGUUUGUCAAGAAAUUCCCUCUUAAGAAGAAAAAGAAGGAUGAAGAAGAUGAAAUUGAAUUUGUAGUCAGUCAAACAGGAAGACUUGGUGAAGUAAUGAAAGAGUCCCUCGAUGUAGUCCAAGUUGCCACUCUAAAUUACCUUGGUGAUGAAGUAGAAGGAAAGAACGAGUUCCAUCUCCAUGUUCCACAGGGAGCAAUCCCCAAGGAUGGACCAAGUGCUGGGGUUGCUCUAUUCUGCUCUUUAGCUUCAAUAAUUAGAAAUAAAUCUCUGAAUCCAAAUCUCGCGAUGACUGGCGAAAUUACAACACUUGGAGAGGUUGUGGCAAUUGGUGGUGUCCGUGAAAAAUUGACUGCUUGCAAGAAUCAUAAUAUAACACAAGUAAUGCUUCCUUACAGCAACAAGAAAGACUUUGAGAAGCUCCCUGAUGACUUUAAGGAAGGAUUUGAGAUCUUCUUCGUUAAAAAUAUUGAAGAAGCCUAUCGCGUUGCUUUCACCAACGACCGUGAAGGAAUCGAGUCAAAAUACUACGAGAAGGAUGAAAAGGUAGAGCAAAUCUUUGCUGAAGAAAUUAUGCUGGAUGACAACCAGCUUGACCACCUCAUAUAA